UCUCAUUGUUGCUGCGCAGCUGCUAUGGCAACAUUACCUACUACGGCUGCUAUUGCAGCCUUAAACAUGGUUACAAUUGCCCAGACCAAAUGGAAACCUGAUUUCAGUGUUAUAUAUAAAAAUACUCCUCUUUUAUUAAUCAUAAUUUUCUGCUAAUAUAUAUUUUUGGUCGACGUUAAUAUCUUGCCAGUUCCAUAUUCUUAUUUAAUAAUUAACACUAUAACGCCUGGGUAUCCCCAUUUGACGAGUAAAAAUGAAAAUGGGGGAGGGGGUCAAAGAAAAAUAUUCUAAUAUGCAGGGGGGGGUUAUCAUAAAAUUUCUGCUCUUUAGGGGGGGGGCUUUCAAUUUUAAAAAUUUAGAAAAGAAAAAAUUCCCCUCCCCCCCUUCCAUAAAUAAUGACCGGUCCCUUAUUAUUAUUCGAUGGUAGUUCUCAUUUUAUUCUAAUUGUAAACAAUUAAUUUUAUUCUAUAGUGCAGAUAGUUUAUUAAGCAUAAAAAAUAUCAAUGCACUCAUAGAAACUAGAAAUGUACUCUCCAUUUCUGCAAAAAGUGUAUGCGUGCUGACCAGAUACUUUCAUUCCUUUACAUUAUUUAGCUACAAUAACCUCAAAACUACAAGUCUUAGACUACAAUCAAAAGUUACAAUUGGCCAAAGUGUUCACACAAUGCUGAAGCAUGAUUGUUUGAAAAAGCCACUUUUACCAUAGCAAUUUGAACAUGGUUUGUAAAUACAGCAAGAUGAAAACGGAAUGCCUAGUGGCUUUGUGUGAACACAAUCGCUAUAAUUUGUUUUGUACCACUUGCAAACCAAGCAUCUCAGGUCUCAAAACAGUAUUUUUCGUUUAAAUUUCUUUGCUCCAUUGGAAAUUAUGUUUUGAGUUUACAUGAGUGCUAAUUUAAUUUGUAAACAAACUGUAACGAUGCAGCGUCAACACAUCUAAAUUCUUCCGGUAUUAAUUGCCCUGGCAGUGUAGUGUAAACAUAGUCUAAAUGUAAGUGGUAACAUCAUAGAUUACCUAAUGACAGAGUUCAUUGUUAAUUUAAUUAACAGCAAAACUCACAAUAUUUGUAAUUGUCUUUGUCAAAAAGGUGGAAAUGAAAAUGGCUCAAACAAGAACUUCUUGGGUGUCCACAUGCAAUACUGAAGUUUCGACAUCUGGUAUCCACAAUUUAAAAACAGGUAUUGUAGGGUUAAAUUUUCAGGAAAAAUUAUUUUCAGAAAAAAAUGUUAAAGGCAAUGUAAAGUCCGUAAUGCAAACAAACGCUUUGUUUACAUUGUAAACUCAGUGCUAUAGUUGUAAAAUAUGAUUAGAUACAUAUUAUACUGAUUUUUUAACACUCUUCUGGUUCGAUAUGAGACUAGAGAUUCAAUUCAAGGAAGUUCGAAACUUGCAAAAUAUUAAUGACAUUCCAAUGGUCGGGUCGGAAUGUAGGCCUGCGCAGAACAGACUUUACAUGGUCUUUAAUUAUCUACUGUAUUACGAAUGCUGUUGGAUAAAUAGCUGUAGAACAGUGGAUUCAGUAUCUGAUGAAUAUUAACCACAGGUCCACAGCAAAUCUAAAUAGUUAAAGCAAUUGUCCAUUGUAAAUUUGAUGCACAGCACUUCUAUAUCUGUACAAGAAUAUCAAAUGUUCAAAUAGGUUGUCGGUUCAAUUAUAUUCAUGGUUCUCCAAGGGGAAUUAAAAAUGAUAUCAUGUCACCAGUUGCCCCCCAACUUGCUCUGUUCUUUUGAUACACACUUAUCCAAACUGUCAAGCCAAUAAACCACACCAAAAAUCCAAUCAACGAACCAGUCAAAUAAUAUCUCAUCUUCUUCUGUCCUUCGAAGUGUUUCACAUAAAAGGCGUAUUUGAAAAACCACACGAAGUUGACAAACCACAGAAACGGAAGAAAGGCAAAACCUAUCACAAAAUAUCGACGACAUAGUUGAAGUUUGUCUUGAUCAGAAACUUUUCGUAGAUCCAUAAUUUACACAAUUAUUCCUUGUUCUUCGCUUCUGCUAUCACAAUAAUACACAGUAAGAGUAAAUUAUUCUUUUUACUCAAAUAAAUGAUACUAUUUCACGCUUUGAACGUAGAAACAAAUUCAACUUUUGAGUAUUUUGUAUUUUUUAAGAUUCCUCCUUCGUUUUCAUUUCACUUCCACAAUCCAAAAUCGAAUUCCUUUGCAAAGGCUGUGAAUCUUCCUGAAAUUAUUCUAUAAUUUUAGUUUUUCGUAGAAGUUUUUGUUUUUGUUUAUCAUUGUGUUACCUCUAACAUAAUGCUAGAUAACAGACUGAAAUUUUAUAUUUAAAUUCUUUCUGUUUUUGAGGCAAUACAAGAUAUAAAAUACAUAAAAAUUCAGUCAAUUUUCCAAAAUUUCCUUUAAAAAAUUUCCUUUAAACGUAAGUGACGUCAUGUUCUGUUGUCUAAAACCGCAGGACAAUCACAGGCUCGCAAUGACGUCAAACGUCAACAAACGAUAUGGCCGGCUAUCAUGUCGGAAAAUUUAUCGAUAGAAAUAAUAUUUUGAGAUCAUGUUUACUAGGUUUUCCUUUUAUGAUAGAGAGAAGGUAAUGCAGUAUUGUGUUGUACAAGUCUAUAGUUUUGUUUAAUAUUUUAUUUCGAAUUUUUUGUUUGUUUUUUUUCAGGAUUUUUUGUACGCAUUUUCUAUGCCCAUUCCAUCAGAAGGCCAUCAGAAGGUCAAUGAGUAAUCAGCAAAAUAUACUGUAUGAAUUUGAAACGAAUACUAGCUUACACAGAAAGAAAUCAUUUAAAUCACAGCCGUCAAGGCGGUUAUUUCAAGUGCCUGGGGUGUUAACGUCAAAUAAAAGAAAGGAAUAUUCAAACAGAAAAUUAAUAGGGUAAGUAUAAAACUAAAUUGAUAAUUAUUAUUCUAUAGGAAUAUUCCACGUGAAGUAAUGCACGUAUCAAAAAUCCCGGGGUGAGGGGUUUGGCCAAAUGGCGAUUCGCCUUGAACACUCAUCACAGUUGUCAGGAAUUUGAACAUUGAUGAUGUGAUGUGGUGUGAUCCUGCCAGGGAUAUGGAUGCAGGGUAUGAUAAUGCACCAAUCAAUUUAAUUAUACUGUUUACAUACCCCUGGGCAUUUUGAAAUUUUGUGGUCAAAUUUCCCACUCCCAGGACAAAAAUCCUGUUCAAAUGCCCCACAUAUAAUGGAAAAUUGAUGGUCAAAUGCCCCAAACCCUGAUCAUUCUGACUGUAAUUCUAUCAGUUCAAGUUUGGAAUUGUGUGAAAACAAACACUGAAUUCUGAAGGUAACUUCAACAUUUUAAUAAGUGAGACACUGUAUUAAAAACGUACAUCUCAUGCUUUAUAAAGUUUCCUAAAGUAUUUUAAAAUACUCCAUUUUGAAUUUUGAUGCUUUUUAAUAGUGUCAGACCUUGCACAAUCUGGUGUAUAAAUGGUCAAAUGCCCCAUGUAUUUUGAUUCAGUGUCAAAUGCCAUACCCUAGCUAACAGUAGUUCAAAAGGUCAAAUUUCCCACUCGGGGAUAGAGCAAUGUGUCAAAUGCCAGGGGUAUGCCCGGAGGGGGAGGGGUGUGUUAACAGUAUAAAUAAAUGAUUGGCCCAUAAUUCAAGAUAAAAUAGAGAAUAAUACAUGGGUGAUCGGAAAUACCAGAUUUAUUUCGAGUGUUGAACAUGAUAUCUCACGAGUGAGCGCAGGGAACGAGUGAGAUAUCAUGUUCAACACGAGAAAUAAAUCUGGUAUUUCCAAGCACCCAUGUAUUAUUCUGUUUAUUAUAUAAACAAAAUUCAGUGAAAAACAAUAAAAUGUCUGUGGCAAUGCGUUUUAUUCCCUGGUACAACAAAUGAUAUUUUCACACAUAAAAAUAUCGUAUUUUUUACAUGUGUUUAAAUACGAUUUUUCUCAGUGGCCAAAAACUCUAUAUAACACUUACAGUAUGUUUAUAUAAUAAAUAUGUAUUCUUAAUGACAAUUGCCUCGUACUUGAUCUGGUACAAACGUAAAGCCAUGCAAAGUCUGUUCUGCACAAUGUCAUACAGUAUGUUCUCCACAGGCUUACAUUUCAUUGGUCGGGACCCGACCAUCGAAAUGUUAUUAAUAUUUUGCACCUUCCAAACUUUCUUGAAUUGAAUCUCUAGUCUGUAUUUACAUAUUUACAAGCAUAGUGAACCAAAAGAGUGUUAAAAAUUCAGUAUAAUAUCAUAUUUUACAACUGUAGCACUGAGUUCAAAAUGUAAACAAAGCGUCUGUUUACAUUACGGACUUUACAUGGCCUUUAAGCCUCAAAGUGGACUUCCUCUUUUGAAGUGAUAUACAUAAAGUACAGGUUUCUGAAAGGUAUUCAUUCACUAACCUGAAACUACAAGUUAGAAUGAGAAGGACGACAAGUACAUGCACAAACACUAAAAUGGCAUCGACAUUCCUUAGUCCCAUCAGGCCUGUCAUGUCUCAUGCAAAGACAUGUCAGUUGUAUACAGGUCCUAUAUGCCCUAAUUACGUAUACGGUUUUGAAUACCUUGGGUUUGGUAAGCUAGCUAGUUCCUAUGGUACGGGUAAAUGCAAGUAUGCAGAUAGCAAGAGUUUUGCAUAUCUAUGUGGUACUUGGUUGAAAACAAAUAAGUACCAGACCAUAAAUGUUGGCAUACACCCGGUACAUAAAUACAAAAUUUAUCUGCCUCCAGGGAUGGUACAAUAUUUUGCUCCAGACAACAGUUUAGGGAAAGUCGACAAAUAGAUUUUAUCCCAUUUCGCAGACUAGUUCUGCGAUGGCUCUGACACCCCCCUCCACCAUUGCAGACCAGUCGAAUAUCUUGUUUCACCAACUAAAUUUCAUCGGCUAUUUAGCCAUGUAUUAAAAAUAGGGUUUCAUGCAACAGCAAGUUGUUGUUUCUGCCAUAUUUAUAAUGACUCUGAAAUAGGCUUAGUUUAUAAUUUACAUAAACAUUGCUUUCAGAAUUAUCUUUCUAAUUUAAUUAAAACAAUGCGAUCACCGAUCAGACUGUAUAAUUUACAUAAACAUUGCUGCAAGUUGGAAAAGUCCUUAAAAUUUCUCAUGUCUGGAAAUUCAUCAAUACAGUAUUUUGCAAAUAACUAAUCCUCUCUUGCACUAAUCCUCUCUUGCGCUAAGUGGAGUAACAUUUAAUUAGGGCAGAAGGAUAUUAGCUCAUGUCCUGCUAGCCGUAAGUUAGACAAGAAAAUUGUCGCCCAGAAUAAAAUUCACAUAUGGCAUUAGGUCUUGUUUUGCGCCCUCUCAUAUUAGCAAAAUUUGAAGCAACUUAAUUAUUGAGUGCAUGAGGAUUGAUUAAAUUUAUCUACAUCCUUAAGUAAUCCUAUAUAUUUCCCUUAGUUAUGGAGUCAUAAUUUGAGGAAUUACAGUAAUAAUGAAGUGCUGUGUUCAGCUGAUUUACUAAUAAAGACACAAAAUGCAUUAAUGUAUGCCAUAACCAAGCAAGCAAUCUUGUGUAGCGUAAAACAGCUUGCCCUAUUGGGCUAUUAACAAAAAACUUCUACUUAUCCGUAACAAUUUUUAUUUGCCCUACAUAAUGGCAAGUGGGCAAGUGCUAAGUUACAUCACUGCCUUGGUUGCUACAAAAAGUAUACACCAGGAACCAGGUGUUCAAAAGCCAAAAUCAGCAGAGCCUGCUUCGCAGGCUAUGACCAGCUUGCCUUAACCCUAGAUUAACCUAAAUUUCAAAGCAAACUUCCUGGCAGCUUGUUUACAAAUUUGGAAAUGAUUCUUGAGAAAAAUCUAGUCUGGAUUGAUAGGAGUUUACUUCUCUGAAGUUGUGAAAUAAUCAGAAGUGCAGAAAUACAUAAAUUAAAACAGGGACCGGUUGUUUGAAAGCCGGCCGUUUGAAAGCCGGCCGGUUAUCUUAAUCCUAGGUUAACGAUAAACGUCCGAGCAAACUUCUGAACCGCUUACUUAUAAACUUGAAAAUAUUUUAGAAGUUUUAUUUUCUGAAGUUUGAGCUCAAUGGACAUUCAGAUCUACACAGACUAUAAAACAAGGGGUGAAAUUUUAACCCAGGAGGUUUGAGCAACCGGGACCAGCAGGUUAAAUUUAACCAGCUGACCCCAGGGGUAGGUACAUGUUCGAAAGCUGGUUGCCUUAAUCUACAGUAGGUGAACGAAAAGUUCAAAGCAAUCCCCCCAACAACCUGUUUACAAACAUGAAGUGGGGUACGUGCAUAGGCAUACGAGCAAGGUUAGCUGUAGCCCCCGAGUCAGCAUAUAGUUGGAGAGAUUCUAUAUAUUAAUUAUGUUAAAAACCAGGCGAUUGCUAGACGUGCUCACCUCGGUAUAAAUGUAUUUCGUCUUAUAUUAUUGUUGAGAUAUGAAAUAAAUAUUAAUGUUUAGUCAGAGAAACUGAAUAACAGAUUGAAAUUGAUUUCAUUCAAUUUAAAUUGCACACAGUAGAAUGAGUACCAGUAUCUUAAGGAAUAUAAAGAAUGAAUCAAAGAGGUACUAUACUCUCUAUAUAUGUUUUAGUUCUAUAAUUUUUUUAUUUAUCGUUUUAAGAUUGAAUGACUUUCUUUCCGCGCUAUGAUAUGAUAUGAUGUGAUAUUGUAUUACUCACGGCGUGCGGAUUGUUGGGCUACCUAUGGUCUGUAUACUAAAAUGUGUUACUCCUAUUUACCUUCUAUUUAUCUGUCAAUAAACCCAUCACCCAUGAUAAUGUCGGGUAGCUUCCAUCAAUGUCGGGCAAAUUUUCGUCGGCUCUCCUAUUUUUUUCGCCCGUAUACGUUAAUUAAUGUACAAUGGUCUGGUAAACUUGUCGACUUUAUAAAAACAGCCGGGCAGAUAAAUGUUUUAGGAAAUUAGCAAGUUUAUAUGUAUUAUGUAUUGUGAUGUUACUCUGAGUGUAUAUCCACACCGCGGGCAAGCUUGAAAAAUAUGUCUGGCCACGGUGUGGAUAUACACUGAGAGUAACAUCACAAACAUCAUAUUCACCUGAGUACACAACACCAACACAGAAAAAAAGUUUAUAUGUAAUUCAACAAGAUUGAAAAUUCACGAAACAAUCUAGGAUAGAAGUAUUAAGUAUUAAAUAUUAACAUUCAAUGCGUAAAAGUAAACGUUUUUACAAGAUAAACGUUCAUAUAUUUAUAGUGCAAACAUUUGUACUGGUUUUCUGUUGACCAUCGAAAUUAAAUAAACUAACACGUAUUAAAGGUUCGAAUAAAGCCGCACAAAAUUGAAUAGGCCUUCUGUCAUGCUGGCGAAGUAACAGAUCAACCUCGUUCCCAGGCUCUUUGCAAAAUUCCCAAGAGCAAAGAGCCUGGGAACGAGGUUGGUAACAGAUUUCAAGUCCGCGCAAUUUGAUCAAGUCCGAGGCGAAGCCGAGGAUUUGAAAUACCGUAUAGUCCAGUCCGAAUUGGAGUAUUUGAAAUGACAUCUCAUACGAAUAUAUCACUAUUUAACGUGAGGUGAAUUAACUUUGAUCCAGUCCAAGGACUGAAUUAAUUUUGAUCCAGUCCUUGGACUGGAUCAAUAUACUUCACCAGGUAUCCAGUAUUAUUAUGUGAGCAAAAUGAACAGUAUGGUUGGCUAAUUUACUCAUGAAUUAUUAAUGAGUUUGAGAUUGCUUGUUCAAUUACGCAGGCUAAAAUUGUCGAUGAAUUAAAAUGUCACAUCAAUUAAGACGUCACGUCUAAUUACGUGAUGUAGCAAGCAACGAAUGACCUUGCGCUCAAUUAGGUGAUGUAACAAAGAACGCGCGAGUUAAUCAUAAUUGUAUUUGUUUUGAAGCGCGCGGAUGUAUAUUACUUCAGAGAGAAUUUUAUUUGAAAUAUAUUGUUGCUUGGCUGACUUAACUAAUGGAAAUGAAUGGAAAACAGAAAUGUUUUUAUGGGUUCCUUUGCAAGAAAGGGAAAUAUGUUCAACAGGACUUCGGUAUCACUGCGACAUGCGCACUAAGUUUUUUAAUGUACCGAUGUAUGGACAAGAUUGUCGAGGAUCCGUCCACGAACUGUAAACCGGAAGGAGCGUUUCCCGUGCGUGUUCCACUCGCGAUUCAGAAAGCUAUCGAGGAUGGAGCGGACGAUGACCGUUACAUGCAGGGCGCUUAUAUAUAGGGCGCUGAAACGGCUAUAGGCGCGCCGAUCGAUGUGUGAUGCAUUGUACUGGUAACGAGUUUGUUGUGGUUACUAUGGCGACGUUGUCUUAUUGCAAGGAUAAAUAUGGCGGGAAAACUGAGCUGGAAGUUUUGACUGUUUUGUAGUCAAGUUUUGAUGAAGAAAUAGAUAUUGGGGGUAAAAUUCCGAUGUUAUACGAUAAUUUAGUAGAUUCUGCUAUUGUAUUUUCAGGUAAUACUGCCAAUAUUUUAGAGUUUUUGCUCAAAACGCUUGCGAAAGCUUACGAACGGUUGCUUUCGCAAGAAGCAUGACGUGAUAGGUUUUUAAAACUCUUCGUACAUACACGUAUCGUUCACGUUCGAUAGAAUACAAUUCACAAUUAAUGUUAGCCACUAGUUGAUCUUUUCAGUUGAAAAUCAAGAAAUGCUCAACUUGAAUUUGUAUUUUUUUAACGAAUCCUUACGAGUAGUUGUCUUGGCCAGCCGGUCAAAAAAAAUCAAAGUUGGGACGAAACGUUUACGACUAUUGCACUCAACAAACGUCCGAGCGAGUCGUAUUUUGAUUCAAAGGCCAAGAAGUAAAAUAUGUUUACGGCUCAGAGUUACUUCAAUUGAAUGCCUUAAAAGUCGUACAAAAUUAUUAACAUAAUAACAAAAAAUCAUGACAUGGCCAAAAUACAAUUAUUGUUUAUUUUUUUGCAGCGACAUAAUAAUGGUCUAACGAGGCAAAAUUUAACACACAAAAAUACCUCACUUUCCAACGCUGUAUAUUCAAUUGCUCAACUCCGAGCCUUAUGAAAACGUUUGGAGAUAAGCACAUAAUUAUAAUCUUUACCAUCAACUGAAUUUCGAAGUUUGGACGACUUGAUAACAUGCCCAAAUGCUGUUUUGAAAAUUUCCCUUUAUUGAAGCAUCAAAAGCCCGACUCAUUAUCCUCAAUAUUUCUUUCAAAAUUCAACUAUACAGGCCAAACAAGCAUUCGUACGAUACACUAGUUACCACUUUGUCGUUACAGUGCAAAAACAUCCUCAAGAAUUUCGUAGUUAAUGAAAAAACAGCGAAAAUACAACAGCAGGAAAAAUCACGCUCGUCAACUUUUGCCGAAAAGCACGCUCGUGCCAGUCCUUUUCCGAAUCACACAUCGAUCAGCGCGACAUCAGCGCGUUGCACCGUCCACUAUAUAUAAGCGCCCUGGUUACAUGUGAAGGCGAAAAUGUUGAGAAGCAAAGAAAGGGCUCAGAAGCUAUUACUGAAGGAAAUAUCGUCAUCAAGGAACAAAAUUAUACAGAGAAUGAACUUGGAAUUAGUAUAAAAAGAGCGAGUACUAUCGAAGUAAACUUUGCAAAGAAUGAACUUAGAGAUAAAGCAAAAAGAAACGGCAACAUGAAGGGACAAAAUUAUGCACAGAAAGUUGGAAUUACUAUUGAAGGAAAGAACAAUGUUGACCUUAAAAAUGGAAAUGGCUUUGAUGAGAAACUACGUCGUGAAAGUCUACAGAAAGGAUUAAACGUUGAAAGUCGGUGGGACUCGGAAACAUUUUGCAAUUUAUCAAAUCCAGAGUAUAAACAUUAUUCUGCAAGCGGAGUACCGGGAAUUUCUGCUGCCGAAUGUGGACAUUUCUACUGAAGCAAUGUUAGUGAAUUGGGUAGCUUACAGGAUCUUGUAGUGAUUGGAAAAGCAAUUGAAUUUCAAUCAAAUUUAACUACCGGAUUGGUCAAUAAAACAGGAGAGUGUAUUUUGAACCAAGAUACCGAUGUUGAAACAGGAAAUCCUAAGAAACGAUCCAGUUCAAAGCCGGAAAAACGCUCUUCUAAAAUUGAAGAUGAGUUGGUAUUAGAAGACAUUGAUGAUAAUGAUUUUUUCCCAGAUGUAAUCCUUCCUUCAUCUCGCAAGUUAGAGCACCCGUCGGGGGUUAAAGACGACAAAAGUCAGGGGCCGGUUGUAUAAAAACGUAGUUAGCGCUAACUGUAGUUAGCGCUAAUCACUGCAGUUAAAUCCUUAACUAUAAUUAGUUAACUACAUGACUUAACUGCGUUGCACAAAACGUAGUUAGUCGGAUAGUUAACUAAUCACGUAGUUAACUGUGCGUGGGGCUUGCGUGGGGCGUUUAAACACAAAAUUACAUAAAGUAAGCAGCGAAUAACGACCGCUGACACACAUUUUCAACAUGAUUGUGGACUCGUAUUUUGCAAAUAGGCGGGAAUUUUAUUCAAAACACUAGAAAACAGUGAAAAAUACAAGAAAACAAGGAAAAACCGCCACAAAAAUCAUAAAAGAAUGCAGUUUUUCCUUGAGAUGCCUACGUUAAACCAAGGUAUAGCUGUUUGGCAAUCAUAUAUCAGUGUUUCUUGGUGUAAUGGACCAUACUUCGUCUUCGAGAAGUCGUCCUGUGCAAAAAUAUGUUCUGUUUUCGUAAAAACACCAAAGCGAUAGCGUUUGAAGAGUUUAUAUUGUCAGGAAACAUUCACAGGAAAGAUAGCGAUUGAAAAUCUCAGGUAAACGUUGCUUUUCAUUAUUGUUUUACUGAAAAAUGUUGUUCACUCCUAUACAAACGCCAUUUUUAACUACGUUUUGGACAGUUAACUAUACCCUAAAGCAUAGUUAACUUUAACUACUUUUUAACUGCAGUUAAGGCUAACUACACUUUUAUACAACCGGCUUAACUACGUGAUUAUAGUUAACUAUUUUUUAAGGCUUUUUAACUACUUUUUAACUGCAGUUAGCGCUAACUACGUUUUUAUACAACCGGCCCCAGGUAGCUAUGAUAACACCAUCUGCAAGUGAAGUCUGUGGAAAAUUAGUUAAACAAGCAAUUCUACUUUAGCUUUAUCGAGGUUACAGAGAUUGCGAAGGAGAGUAAGAAGUUUGUUUUCUUGCUUUGGAAACAACCAAGUGACACCCGCCGGGGUUUCAGAAUGAUUUGAAGUAGGCGGCUGUACCAAAAAAGUAGCCGGUUGUGACUGAAAGUUAAAAAUUCGCGCGGGGAGGGGGGCGUGCCCUCGCAUGGAAAUUUUUAAAAAUUUCGCCGCAAACGGACCAAUCCCCAAUUAACCAAAAUUUUGAUCUUAACAAGUCCAGACAAAAUUCCAUCAUAGCAUGAAAGAGCAUCACAAAAUUAGUAAUAUUCCAAAGUAUCGUUGCGAAAUUUUGUAAAAUGCGGAUAAUAUAUCCUUGGGAAGUUUGUAAUUUUCAGUCAUUUUUUAUUACGCACAGAAGUGGUAACCAUUUCCAGUUUGUAAUACAAAAUGACUGAAAAUAGAAAACUUCUUAAGGCUAUACAAUCCGUAUUUUACAACAUUUUGUAACGAAACUUUGGAAUAUUACUAAUUUUGUGGUGCUCUUUCAAGCUGUGAUGAAAUGUUUGUCUAUACUUGUUGAGUUCAAAAUUUUGGUUAAUUGGGGAUUGGUCCAUUAAAGGCCAGUUUACACGGGCGAUUUUUGCUGCGAUUUUAGGGCGAUUUUCUUCUGAUGGAUGUGAAGGAGUGGAUGAGUUAUAAAUGUUCCAGGUUGCGAAAUUUCAUAACAACGUUAUUAAGUAAUCUACUCCUUCAUAUCCUCCAAAAGGAGAAAAUCGCAACUAAAAUCGCAGCAACAAUCGCCGUGUAAAUGAUGGGCCUUAACAAUCAAAUAAUAUAGAAAAACUAAAGAGACAAAGUACAACUGUUGACUUGUUAGAUUUAGAUGUCAUUUGCAUUUAUACUUGUAAGUGACAAUGUACUUUAAUGCAUUGUUCUACAAGUAGUUUAAUUUUUACAGCUGCAUGAAGAGAAUGACAACGUACACUAUUAGUAUUAAUUUAUGAAUCCGAAAUUGUUAAUCAAAUGAUGUUAUACUUAUGUACGUAAUGAAUUUACUUCAUCACUUUACCACAAUUAGUUCACUGUCAAAGAAUUAGUCACUAGAAAAACAUUUGCUAAAGUAGCUCUGAAUCUGACUCGUUCUCUGGCUCACUGUCAAAUUCGGAUUCCCCAAUGCUUAAGUCACUGCCAGAGUCAAUCAGAGUCAUCUUCCUGUUCAUGCAGGGAGAUUCAGAGCCGAUGACCAUUUGCUGCGAAAUUUAAGAUGGCGACGAGAAAACAAAGAAUGUUUAUAUUAUCGCUUUUACGACAGCAACUUAAGAAAGCAAGCUAUGUUUGAUACUAUGUAUUAUUGAUUUUAUUGAUCUUCCAAAAUAAGUGAUGUUUGCUUGAAUUCCAAUUGGAACAUAACAAACAUCGUGUUGGUUCGCUUGUACCUUUGUAUAUAAAAUUUUUCCUGUGACAAGACGAAAAGUAGCCGGCGGUAAAAGUUCAAGUAGCCGGCGGAACUCCGCCGGCCGCCGGCUUAUUCUGAAACCCCUGCUGACCCGUAGACAGUUAAUUGCUGUGAACAGUCCGAUUUAGUGGACGCUUGUGGUUGAUGGUAGGGGUAGAAGAAGGGUUAGUGUUGCGAUAGAAAAGUAAAGUUGUCUGUAUUUUGUUUAGUUUACGUAUACGAGUAGUCUGCUCGCAGCCUGAAUUUGUUUCGUGCAUACCAGACGACGAAACUUGGACGCACGUAACAAAGAAACACUGUAGAUGGUCCUCAUAUCGAAAUAUUUCAUUUCUUGUGGUUUCAUUCGUAGUGUUGUGUUCAACUGUUCAUUUCAUAUUUAUGUUAGUCGCACUUAACACAAGAACUUUAAUUCCAUUCGUCUAAGGCUUCUUGUAUAAUAUAAAUACGGCCAUCGCAUCCUGUAACAAUUAAUGUACAUAUACCCGAAGCGUAAGUGGUGGAUGAUAAUAACACCUGAAAGCUUGAAAGGAUCCUACCUGAAAAAUAUAAAUAAAACUUCGACGUUUCAAGCGAAGGCCUAUUGGCUUUGGCAAGCGAAGGCCUAUUGGAGUUAGAGGUUAUACUUGAAACGUCGAAGUACCAGCUUAAAAAUGCAGAUAUCCCUGUAUAGAUAACUGUGUUAAAUCUAACCAAUUCAGAUUUUCAAUGGAGAAUAUAUACCAUGUGGUGUCGCAUGUUGAAGAUUAUAAAGAUUUUGUGCCAUCAUUGGUGCAGAGACUCGACAGUACACGAACGAAAAGAUGGACAUGUCAAGUGCAAAUUAGUCAUUGGAUUUCCACCACUUGUUGAACGAUAUAUUUCCGUUUUGACACUUGUGCCGCCUAACCUAGUUGUGG